GACUUCCGGCGUGAAGUGAGCUGGCGCGCGGCGUCGGGGCGCGGUUGCGGCGCGGGGAGUUUGGAUAGUGGUUCCGCCCGCUUCGAGACUGUGGAAGAGGAUCAUGGCUGCUGUUCCUCAAAAUAAUCUACAGGAGCAACUGGAACGUCAUUCAGCCAGAAAACUUAAUAAUAAAUUAAGUCUUUCAAAAACAAAAUCUUCAGGUUUCACUUUUAAAAAGAAAGUAUCUUCAGCCAACGAUGUAUCUGUAACUAGUGUGUCAGUAGCAAAAGCUCCUGUGUUGAAUGAUAAAGAUGUUAAUAUUACUGAGGGCUUUUCCUUCAGUGAACCUUUUCCCCACACCACAAAUCAGCAGACAAAGAUCAAUGACUUUAAAAAUACUCCAGCUGGACAGCAAACUAAGAGAGUUGGUUCAAAACCAUUAUUGCCAAAUUUGUCACAGGUUCCUCAGGAAGUUUUAUGCACUACCCAGAACACACUGGUUGUAAAGGAAUCCUGCGAUGCUACUUUCAAGAAAUUAGAAUUUAGUUCUUCAUCAGAUUCUCUUAUUACCUUCAAUGAUUGGGAUGAUAUGGAUGACUUUGAUACUUCUGGAGAUUCAAAAACAUUUGUGACACCACACCAAAACCACUUCAUAAGAGUAAGCACUGCUCAGAAAUCAAAAAAGUCUAAGAGGAACUUUCUAAAAGCACACCUUGAUAAAACAAAUACAGUAAAGACUGAUUUGACUCCUUCCUCCUCUGAGAGCAAGCAGGCAUAUUUGAUUAAGAAACAGAAGGAUGACUCAGAAUGGUUAAAUAGUGAUGUGAUUUGCAUUGAUGAUGGCCCCAAUUCCGAAGAGCUGAUAAAUGAAGAUACUCAGGAAGAUCACCCUUUAAAAACUCAUUUGGGAGAGGAAAGAGAUAAUUGUGAAAAGAAGAAAAACUUGGAAGAAAUGGAAUUACAUUCAACUGAGAAAUCUUCAUGUGUUGAGCUUGAUGAAGAUGAUUAUGACAUAGAUUUUGUUCCACCUUCUCCAGAAGAAGGAAUGACUUCAGCCUCUUCAUCCUCUUUAAAAUGCUCUAGUGUGUUGAAGGAUCUCGACACCUCUGACAGCAAGGAUGGUCUUAGCACAUCAGAAGACUUGUCAAAAUCUGAGAAAAUGACUACACAGCAGCCUAAUCAAGAAACCUGCACAAGCUAUGAUGCUAGACAGAUAAGUUUACAGCAGCAACUUAUUCGUGUGAUGGACCAUAUCUGUAAAUUAGUUGACACUAUUCCUGAUGACAAGCUGAAAACUUUGGAUUGUGGGAACAAACUGCUCCAGCAGCGGGACAUAAGAAGGAAACUCCUAGCUGAAGCAGAUUUUAAUACGAGUGAUGCCAUUGUUCUUGGCUCAUUGUGGAGAUGCAGGCCUGAUUCACUUGGUAGCUCUGUGGAGGAUAUGGCAUCUGUUUCCCCACCUUGUGCAUUUCCAAAGGGUGAUUCCUGUCCUACAGGGAAUUCUGUUAAGGAGUUCACUUUUCCAAACCUUUCCUCAAAUUCCGUUUCUACUGGGGAGUGUUUACUGACUCCUACCCCAGGAAAGACAGGAUUCUCAGCCACCACCAAGAAUCUCUUUGAAAGACCGUUAUUCAAUUCCCAUUUACAGGAGUCCUUUGUAAGUAGCAACUGGGCUGAAACACCAAGGGUAGAAAAAAGAAAUGAAAGUUCUUAUUUCCCAGGAAAUGUUCUCACAAGCACUGCUGUGAAAGAUAAGAAUAAACACACUACCUCUAUGAAUGACUUGGAAAGAGAAAUCCAGGCUUCCUAUGAUAUUGAGAAUUUUGACAUAGAUGACUUUGAUGAUGAUGAUGAUGACUGGGAAAAUGUGAUGCAUAAUUUAGCAGCCAGCAAGUCUUCCACAGCUGCCUAUCAACCUAUUAAGGAAGGUCGGCCAGUUAAAUCAGUAUCAGAAAGAACUUCUUCUUCAGCCAAGACAGACUGUCUUCUGGCAUCUACUGCUCAGAAUAAAAACUUCUCAGAGUCAAUUCAGAAUUACACUGACAAGUCGGAGCAAAAUUUAGCAUCCAGAGAUCUGAAACACGAGCGUUUCCAAAGUCUUAAUUUUCCUCAUACAAAAGAAAUGAUGAAGAUUUUUCAUAAAAAAUUUGGCCUGCAUAAUUUUAGAACUAAUCAGCUAGAGGCGAUCAAUGCUGCACUACUUGGUGAAGACUGUUUUAUCUUAAUGCCCACUGGAGGCGGUAAAAGCUUGUGUUACCAGCUCCCUGCCUGUGUUUCUCCCGGGGUCACUAUUGUCAUUUCUCCCUUGAGAUCACUUAUAGUAGAUCAAGUCCAAAAGCUGACUUCCUUGGAUAUUCCGGCUACAUAUCUGACAGGUGAUAAGACUGACUCAGAAGCUACAAGUAUUUACCUCCAGUUAUCAAAAAAAGACCCGAUUAUAAAACUUCUUUAUGUUACUCCAGAGAAGGUCUGUGCAAGUAACAGACUGAUUUCUACUCUGGAGAAUCUGUAUGAGAGGAAGCUCUUGGCACGUUUUGUUAUUGACGAAGCACAUUGUGUCAGUCAGUGGGGACAUGAUUUUCGUCCAGAUUACAAAAGAAUGAAUAUGCUUCGCCAGAAGUUUCCCUCUGUUCCAAUGAUGGCUCUUACUGCCACGGCUAAUCCCAGGGUACAGAAGGACAUCCUCACUCAGCUGAAGAUUCUCAGACCUCAGGUGUUUAGCAUGAGCUUCAAUAGACAUAAUCUAAAAUACUACGUGUUACCCAAAAAACCAAAAAAGGUGGCAUUUGAUUGCUUAGAAUGGAUCAGAAAGCAUCACCCACAUGACUCAGGGAUAAUUUACUGCCUCUCCAGGCGAGAAUGUGACACAGUGGCUGACACAUUACAGAAAGAUGGUCUCGCUGCUCUGGCGUAUCAUGCUGGCCUCAGUGACUCUGCCAGAGAUGAAGUACAGCACAAGUGGAUUAAUCAGGAUGGCUGCCAGGUUAUCUGUGCAACGAUCGCAUUUGGAAUGGGGAUUGACAAACCUGAUGUGCGAUUUGUGAUCCAUGCAUCCCUCCCUAAAUCCAUGGAGGGUUACUACCAAGAAUCUGGCAGAGCUGGAAGAGAUGGGGAAAUCUCUCACUGCCUGCUCUUCUAUACCUACCACGAUGUGACCAGACUGAAGAGGCUUAUACUAAUGGAAAAAGAUGGAAACCAUCAUACGAAAGAAACUCACUUCAAUAAUUUGUAUAGUAUGGUACAUUACUGCGAAAAUAUAACAGAAUGCAGGAGAAUACAGCUUUUGGCUUACUUUGGCGAAAAUGGAUUUAAUCCUUAUUUUUGUAAGAAAUACCCAGAUGUUUCUUGUGAUAAUUGCUGUAAAACAAAGGAUUAUAAGACAAGAGAUGUGACUGAUGAUGUAAAAAAUAUUGUAAGAUUUGUUCAAGAACACAGUUCAUCACAAGGAACAAGAAAUAUAAAACAUGUAGGUCCUUCUGGGAGAUUUACUAUGAAUAUGCUGGUCGACAUUUUCUUGGGGAGUAAGAGUGCAAAAAUUCAGUCAGGAAUAUUUGGAAAGGGAUCUGCUUAUUCAAGACACAAUGCUGAAAGACUUUUUAAAAAGCUGAUACUUGACAGGAUUUUGGAUGAAGACUUAUAUAUCAAUGCCAAUGAUCAACCAAUUGCAUAUGUGAUGCCUGGAAAUAAAGCCCAACAUGUACUAAAUGGUCAUUUAAAGGUAGACUUUAUGGAAACGGAAAAUUCCAGCAGUGUGAAAAAACAAAAAGCUUUAGUGGCAAAGGUAUCUCAGAGGGAAGAGAUGGUUAAGAAAUGUCUUGGAGAGCUUACGGAAGUCUGCAAAUCUCUGGGAAAAGUUUUUGGUGUCCAUUACUUUAAUAUUUUUAAUACUGUCACUCUCAAGAAGCUUGCAGAAUCUUUAUCGUCUGAUCCUGAGGUUUUGCUUCAAAUUGAUGGUGUUACUGAAGACAAACUGGAAAAAUAUGGUGCAGAAGUGAUUCCAAUAUUACAGAAAUAUUCUGAGUGGACAUUGCCAGCUGAGGACGAUUCCUCACGGAGAAGCCCCUCCAGCAGCAGAGGCACUGGAAGAAAUGCCCCUGAGGAGCUGGAUGAGGAAACACCCAUAUCUUCUCACUACUUUGCAAAUAAAACCAAAAAUGAAAGAAAGAGGAAAAGGAUGCCAGCCUCCCAGAGGUCUAAGAGGAGAAAAACUGGUUUCGGUGGUUCCAAGACAAAAGGGGGGUCCAGCACAUGCAGAAGGAUACCUUCUAAAACUAAAUCCUCCAGCAUAUUUGGACCCAGUUCAGCUUUGCAUGGCUCUCAAGCGGCAUCAGGAGUCAGUAGAAAAUUGGGGAUUAUGGCUCCACCAAAGCCUGUAAAUAGGCCGUUUCUUAAGCCUUCAUAUGCAUUUUCAUAACAACCAAAUCUCAUCUCAGUGUACAUAGAUCUUAGUUGUUGUUUGUCAGCAUCUGACCAUCUGUGAAUAUAAAGCUGUUAGUUUCAUUAUACCAUUUGUAAUUUUUAUCCAUAUCUAUUAAUAUUUAAAUAAGUGUUUGGGGUGACAGUUCUUAUUUUUAAAAUAAACAUUUUCUUUUGAAACGCAUGCAUGAUUUGCUGCCACUGCAAGUGUUGUGGCCGUCGUUUCUCAGAACAUCUGAAGCAGCAGCUGAAUCAUCUCAGUGAGAGAAAUUUUAAGUACAACAUCAUGAAACACAGAAGCCAAAGAAAAAGACUCGCAUGGGACAGCAUGAAACUGUAAAACUUUUUGUAGAAGACAAUGUAAACAAAAUUAAAACAUAAAUGACAGAGAAAAAAGGGAAAAAAUACAUGGCAAAGGAUUAAUAUCCAUGAUACAUGAAGAGUAUCUAUAAAUCAUUAAGAAAAAAAAGACAACCUAGUAGAAAAAUGAACAAAGGAUGUGAGUAGGCUGUUCUCAGAAAAGGAAAUGCAAACAGCCCACAAAUAUGUGAAAAAUGCUCCAUCUCCCUCAUUAAAAGUACCAAUUAGAACAAUGAGAUGCCAUUCUCUUGCCUAGCAAAUUGUCAGCACUUAGAUGAUAUUCCGAAUCUGGGGUCCACAAGAACAGGGUCAAAUGUUAAGAAUGUAUUAAAUGCUGGUGACGUCCUUUAGCAUCAGGGAAGCCUUACUUUUCAAGACCCCUCCCUGAAUCGGCUGAUGGGCCAGCAAGUCUCACAGUGGGAUUUUGGCACCUCUUUUCGGACUUCCAGUCCCUCAUUUUUGGAGACAUCUUUUCUUAGCUGUCAUGCAACCUUGGUGAUACCUGUUUGGUGUCCCACUUCUCUCCUUGACCUCCGUCAAGAGGGUAGAGCUGAGGAGACCUUGCCUGGGCCAAAGGUGUUGGAAGACAGAGUUGGCUGGAAGUCUGUGGCCUUGGCCUGGAGACGGUGCUGAGGCAGACCCUGCACCCACCCCGAGGGGCCGCCCUUGUAACUGCACGCCUACCUCCUGCCUCCUCCACCUGGGCCCUUGGGCCCUCGUUUAACGCAAGAGACUGGCCAGACAGGAGUCUGCUGAGGGCCAUGCACUGUUAACCUCCAGAUGCCUGCAAGAGCUGACAUUUUCAGGAACCAUCUUUCCGGCAAGCUCUGACUCAAGUGGCCAGAAGAACCUCCUUGGGGUGAGGAGAGGAAAUGGAGGGCAGAGUAGCCAGUAGUCGAGGCUGCUGGGAUAAUGUCGCUGGCCUGAGGUCGCCUUGGAGAGCUGGCAGUGCACAAGGGUGUCUGGCAGGAGGUCACACCCUUCUACCCUUCAGCAGCUCUGGCUUUGGGGACAGAGGGGGCAGCCUCUGCACAGAGCUGAUGCCACAGACAUUGGGUCACUUCCCGGCUCUGACCUCACUCGUUCAUUCAUUCCUUUACUGAGCCCCUCUUCUGCCCGGACUCUGGAGCUAGCUGUGCCCUCGGCAGUGCCCACUCUGCCUCCAGGGGCUCCCGGAGCAAUGGGGAGGACAGGCGAAGGCAGUGCAGUGGGAGCCCCAGGGUGGAACGCAGAGUCUGUGAGCAGGGCCAGCACCACCCCCACCCCUGUCACCUACGCCUUUCACCAAGCACUGAAGAGGAACUCGCCGCAGGAACCUGAAGCCUGGAGACCUUGGAGUAGCCCGGGGUCAGGCAGGCCCCACACCCACCUUUUUAAAAAUGUUGGGUUGCGGGGCUUCCCUGGUGGCGCAGUGGUUAAGAAUCUGCCUGCCAAUGCAGGGGACACGGGUUCGAGCCCUGGUCCGGGAAGAUCCCACAUGCA